GAGUGAGGCGCGGGACAAGGGGGAGCCGAGCGGGUUCGAUGCGGAGCUCGCCGCCGCCAGGGUCUACCUGCGCAGAAUCGGGGCCGGCCUGCGAAAUCUCGGCAACACCUGCUACCUCAACUCGGUGCUGCAGUGCCUCACAUACACCGAGCCCUUCGUGGCAUACCUGCAGAGCGGGAAGCACAAGUCCUCAUGCCGGACGGCCGGAUUCUGUGCACUUUGCGCUCUUCAGAACCACGUUAGAUGUGCUCUAGAGUCAACCGGGAAGAUAUUGACACCGUUCCAGUUUGUCAGGAACUUAAGAUGCAUCUCUCGCAGUUUCCGCAACUCUAGGCAGGAAGAUGCGCAUGAGCUAAUGGUUAACUUACUGGAGUCCAUGCACAAGUGCUGUUUACCUUCUGGCAUACCAAGUCAGUCUCCCAGUGCUUAUGAGAAGAGUCUAGUUCACAGAAUUUUUGGUGGUCGUUUAAGAAGUCAGGUGAGAUGCGCAAGUUGCUCGCACUGUUCCAGCAAAUUCGAUCCUUUCCUGGAUCUCAGUCUUGAAAUUGCUGAUUCUGCUACAUUGGUGAAAGCACUUCAAAAAUUUACUGAAGAAGAGGUACUAGAUGGUGGGGAAGAGCAGUACAACUGCCAGAGCUGCAAAAGAAAGGUUGUGGCCAAGAAAAGGUUUACAAUUGAUAAGGCUCCUGAUGUGUUGACAAUUCAUCUGAAGCGUUUUAGUCCUUUCAACCCUCGCCACAAGAUUGACAAAAAAGUGGAGUUUCAGCCAACUCUGAACUUGAAGCCAUUUGUAAGCAAUUCAGAAGACAUGGAUUUCCGAUACAGUCUUUAUGGUGUGUUGGUUCAUGCUGGCUGGAAUACACAGUCAGGUCAUUACUAUUGCUUUGUUCGGACUUCUAGUGGGCUUUGGCACAAUCUUGAUGAUAAUCAGGUUCGCCAAGUUCGUGAGGCAGACGUAUUGAGACAGAAAGCCUAUAUGUUAUUCUAUGUGCGUGACAGAGUGAGGAGUUCAAUGAUGAAUACAAAUUUUAUAGAGAAGAAAGCUAUUUCUGAAAAGAUUGCAUGUAUGAAUGACUCACUUCGAAAUGGUCUAAGGGAAGCAACAUUGAAUGUUUCCCCAUUUAUUAACGGAGAUAUGAAGUCACAGAAGCAGAACUUAGACAAUGGUCAUCCUACCAUUUUUGGCAACAGUUCACGAGGCCAGUGUUCAAAAAAGCCUAGCAGCAUUGAAGUUCUGGAAGCUGCAGCUGUGCAAAGCAAUGACAUGAUUUCAGUACAGGAAGCUCUUUGUAUACAGCCAGACACUGCUGCUACCUUGUCCAUCAACACAAACAAGACAACUUCGGAUAGUCAAAGCGAGAUAAUAUCUCCACCAUAUCUGUUUGGCGAAUCAACACUCGAUAUAAAUAAGGCAGCGGCCAAGGAUACUACUGUUCCUGAUGGAACAGUGUCCUGCUGGGAUGAAGCUAAAGCGGCAGCAGAGUCUGUGAAGCAACAUGAUGAAAUAGUUAUGGACAAGGAGCUUCCGGCAGAACACUUCGAUGCCAUAUCAAACCCAGUGGAACAGACGUCAGUGCAGACUAAUACAGCAGAAGCUGGGCAGGCUACGUUGAAGGAGCUUUCUGUGAAGGACACUGAUCAUAUUACAAAUGCAGAGGAGCCGUUUUCUGUGCAGAACAACAAUCUGGAAGCUGUGCAGGUCAACCCUUUAAAGCAAAUCUGUUCUGAAAAUUCCACACAGGUGAUCUGCUCUGAAGUUUCUGCACACGCGAUCUGCUCUGAAGCUUCUGCACAGGCGACCUGCUCUGAAGAAGUUUCUGCACAGGCGACCUGCUCUGAAGUUUCUGCACAGGCGAUCUGCUCUGAAGUUUCUGCACAGGCGACCUGCUCUGGAAACUCUGCACAGGCGAUCUGCUCUGAAGACUCUGCACAGGCGAUCUGCUCUGAAGACUCUACAAAGGUGUUGGACCAGGUUCCAUGCCAUGAUAAUCCAAAUACAGUGACGGAUUUGAAGUCAAGCAAGCAAGUGGCAUAUUCAACUGCACGCUUGCUUUUUGUCUCCAAGCAUUCCUUACUGGCUGUCUUAAAACAGCACAAGAAAAGGAAACAUAAAAGAGCUACAAGACGGCCUAUUGACAAUGAUGAAUUGGUUACUGAUGAUCAGCAGCCAUCAACUUCGGAAACUGUUCUUAGGGUCAUAUCAUGUAAGUCCCACAGAAGACGCAAGCGCUCCCAUGAGAAAUCAAGUUCUGAUAAUGGUGAUAAGAUGAACAGUAAGAAACCGCAUCUUGCUGAACCCUCCAGCAGUACUGCCGACCUUCCCAUGGACAGGAAAGAUGACAAGGAUGCACUACUUGGUAGCACUGAGCUACCAAGUUCACACGCAAGCUCUGUGACAGACCAGCAUGACAAUCGCUCCCAUGAGAAAUCAAGUUCUGAUAACGAUGAUAAGAUGAACAGUAAGAAACCACAUCUUGCUGAGCCCUCCAGCAGUACUGCCGACCUUCCCAUGGACAGGAAAGAUGACAAGGAUGCACUAGUUGCUAGCGCUAAGCUACCAAGUUCACACACAAGCUCUGUGACAGACCAGAAUGACUCCAGAAACUGUGCACAUCCAAAUGAGGUUGUCUCCCGGCAUUUCGAUCUCCUCACGAGGGGUUUGGGAGAAAUUACGGUUCAACGAUGGGAUGACAUUGACAUGCCAAAUACAAAGUCAACAAAGUUUUCAUGUCCAAGGACCAACAUCAUUGGCUAUGUGCCAGAUCAAUGGGAUGAGGAGUAUGACCGCGGGAAAAUGAAGAAGGUCAGGAAGCCGAAGGAGGAAGAGUUUGGUGGACCCAACCCGUUCCAAGAGGCAGCGAAUAUCAGAUCACGGUUGAGGAAGAGAUUUAAAUGUGACCAGGACAGAUGGGGGAACCAGCCACGCAGGAUAUGACACGACUGGCUUGAGCAGCAGACUGUUGUUGUAUCGUUCAGUUUUGCAGUGAUUCUUCGUUCUUCCUUAAUGUUUUUUUUCCUCGGCGUGUGUUAUGUAAGACCUGGGAUAUUACCAUUAUGUAUUAGAAGCUUGUCGUUUCUUGUGGAGUGACAAGUUGAGAAAUAAAACAACAAAGUGUCAUCUAAUUUCGUCUUCUCCUGACUCACCUCCUUGACCUUUACGGCAAACCUCCGUCAAUGUCAAUCAUCACGAAGCUCUCUGGAGGUGGAGACUUGAGUUGUUU